AUGACCAUUACCGAUCAGCCAGCGUCAUCAUUUCCCUUUCUUGGUCUCCCCUCCGAGAUUCAAUACAAAAUAUGCACUCUCUUCUGUCGCCAUUGCCAGCCCGCAGCGUCGCCAUUCGCUACCUUGUUUGCACCUGCAGGCGCGCCGUUUCAGGCGCUCAAGGCGCUCUCCGAGACGUGCCACUCCCUAAAAGAGAUGGCGCAACCUAUCCUCUAUCACUAUCCAGACGUCAAAAGCUAUACAUCAUUCUUCAAGGCUGUCAUCGCGCGCCCAGAUCUGGCUGCUAGUGUCAGAGUCUUUGCCAGGUACUACGAAGCGGACAGAAGUCCUUACAAGUCUAGCCCAUCAGUAUACAGCAGGGAAGAUACUGUCUACCUUAUUCAAUUAGGCCAAAAGUUCGGCCUCGAAGAAGAUGGCAACAAUCGUGACUCGGAAAAUGAUUUUGGCCCGAGAGAUGAUGUAAAUUUCAAGCGUUGCUUCGAGUAUCUUGAGGAUACGCCCAUCGGCGACCAGGAAGGAUAUACAAUGAUGAUAUCUCAGGCAGCAUACUAUAGCUUUCUUACGGCGCUACACUUUGCAAUUCUGCCGAGGCUUGAGUUUGUUAUGAUAGAUAUAGAAGACGGCAGAUCCUGGGUUAGAAGCCAUCCGCUUAGUAGUGGCCGGCUUCUCCUUACAUAUCCUUACUUGAAACAGGCUAUUGCAGGCAAUCCUGACCAUUUUUCACACCUGAAUGCCGUCGUUUUUCGCAGCUCAUUUCACUACAGAGAGGAGAGUCUUGGACUGGAAAGUGUAGCAUACAUGCUGAGUGCUAUCCCCAAUGUUCGAGUUGUCUUUUUUGACAUGCUUCGAGGUAUGAAGCCACGAUCACAUCAAGACCCCGACCUAUUCCCCGAGCCUCCUGAGCUUAGCUGGUCAGUCCUUCCACAGCUCCAAGAGAUCUAUUUUGAUCCAUGCGCACGGCCAAAGAGUCCCCCGCCGAUCGCUGCGAUAUCCAACAUGCUACAGCGCUGCUCACGACUAAAAAAGCUCGUAUAUCGACACAAAUACCCAGAUCAGUUCACUCCAACAACACUAUUUUCACCCACGAAGCUAUGUAACGCUAUUGCUUCUACACAGGGCACGCUUCAGCAUUUAGAAAUAUACUGCAGUAGCGCUAAGAUUCCGUUGUUCGCAAGCGAGCAGCUUAUCGACUAUCGGCUAAAAGAUUUCACUACGCUCAAAACGCUUGCCCUUGAUGAGGAGCUCUUUUGCAAGCACUGGCACAAAGAAGCUUACUUGGAUUCAGAUGCAUGUCUCGUCAGGAUUUUGCCGGACAACAUCUCAUCACUUACGGUGCGGCUGCACGACAAGUUCAAGGCAGUCCCGGACAUCAUCAGGUUAGGGAGGGAUAAAGCCUUGGGACACUAUCCAAAACUAUCAUCCCUAGAGGUACACAUCCUUCACGAUGCCGAUGCGCCUGAUGAUCAUCAUAAUGUGAACCAGGUAGAAGAGGCCUUUGACUCUGAGUAUCUUUUGCAUGCGAUCCCGCCAAAGAAAUGGGAAGAGACGCUGCGAGAGUUGGCGGACAAGAUUCGGCCAGCUAUUGUCACGUCAUUUCAAGAUACAGACGUGGUAGUCGAUGUGCGAUAUGUCUACGAGAGGCUGUUCUCGUGGAAUCGAAUGCCCUGGCGUCAGUGA